GUGAGUAAACUGCGAAGUUUGCGUUACUCAGCAUUUCAGUGGAUGCUGUUUAUGGGAGUAUGAGUAAAAUACGAUACUAUAAGAAAGUGUGAAGUAGGAAGGAUGUUUAAGUGGACCUAGAUCAAUCAAUUAACAUCACAUCUGCGAUCCGACGAUUGGCAUUUUACUCAUUUCUAAUGGGAGUUCCUGGCUUAUGGCGUUUGUUAGAGCCGGCAAGAGAGCCCAUAGAAUUACAACAGCUAUCUGGGAAAAUUAUAGCAAUAGGCAAGUCUAUUUAUUUUUUUUAUUAUUAUUUUGUACCAAUAGUAGGCUUAACUUACCUUCAAAGUCCUCUAUCUGACGUUUUAUUGUUAGUAACCGAAUAAAUUGUUAUUUUAUUGUCCUUAAAACUGUCUUUAUUGACCAGUAGUGUCUUCAAGCCUAUCAUCAUAAUAAACUAUUAUGCAUGAGUAACAGUCUUUGUUUUCUUCUUUAGGUAGUCUUGGAGAAGUAAAUUCAGCCAUUUGUAUCCCAAUUUAUACACGUUCCUAUUGUGUUUGACUUUGCUCUCCGAUCCAACUUCUAAGGGCAUAUCGUAUCCAAUUUUGUCUUUUCCUGUGUACUCAGUGACUGCAGUUUGGCUAAUACAAAGCUGUAAAAUGUGCUCCAAAAAGACGACCGAUUAGAACUAAUUACAGUGACGUCUGCCUUUGACAAAUGAUAAAUCCAAAAUGCAUCUUGCAAGUUCCAUUAGAAUCUUGAGUCAAUAAAAUCGUUUUUAUGUACAUAGCCAAAUAAUUACAUGUUUUUCACAACCUUCAAAUGCAGUGAGGAAUGAUGAAACUGAUAUUCGUCUGUCAACAUGCUACUCAAUAUUAGACGUAUUCCCAUUAGCCACUUUUUAGGAGUUAAUAGACGACUGCUUUACCUUAAAAAGUCUACGUAGUUUUGAGUAAAUUGAUCUAUUACUUAAGCUUCUCCAGUUUUUGAAGGAAGAUAGUUAUAUUAAACAUGUCAGUUAUACUGAUGGUAUUUAUUAUCGUCUAUUGGGAUAUCUUGUUGCUGUUUAAAUAUUUAGACUGUCAAAAGUGUAAUUUAGUGUCAAGUAAUAUAUGCCAAAAAUCACAGGUUCUUGUGCCAACGUUUGAAGAAAUAUCAUUUGAGAUGACAAGAAAUAUUAUCUGGUAACGACGCUUACAGUCACUACUUUUUUCGAAUACCUUUAAAGACGUUAUAUCAGGAGUGGGUCUGUCCAUUUUUAGGUUCACAGUCUCUUAGUAUCCAAACGAGCUCUCAUGUCAAACUUCGCCUUCGCACCAACGAAGCGAUCCGAAACCGUUUUAUAACUUCCAUGUCAAACAGCCUUGGUUCCUAGAUUCCUCAGCUUUGUUUCCAUUGGUACGCGGGUCUCCUACCAUCCUUGAUAUUAGAAAAGAAACAUUAUCAGUAGUUUUGUUAUUUUUAGUUAUUCAUUACUCCUCUGUACCUCUUCCGUUGUUUAUAAUGCACAAUUGUAUUCUUCAGCUUCUUCCCUUCUUCCAUGAUUUAGAAAUUGUUGUUCGUAAUGUGUAGUUUUAUGACAAAGGACCCAACUAACUCAUUUUUACACUUACUCCCUAAUCAACCUGAAAACUUCAGGCACUUAAGCUAAACUUUAUCACCAAUCCAAAGGGUCACUCCAACUCUUGCAAUUGUAGUGCAAUUUCUGAUCGAUGAAACAAAAAGCCUACAUCCUUGUAUUGUCACCCUAACCGAUGAAUACAUCUAAAGUUGUACACCUGUCAUUGUGUUACCCUCACACAGGCCGAAUGAUUUGUCUGGCGCAUAUUUAUGUGGUGCCUCCUUUUACCAAUGCUUGUGUGUUUAAAUAAAUUUGUGAUAAAGCAGCAACAAUGUCUAUUUUGCUGUUUAAAAUGUUCUUACCAGAGUUUGUUGACGUUUCUGUGGACGGCUGUUUUAAAGUUCAAAGUUAAGAGGUUAUCUCAAUGAUAAUCUUUUUUGGGACUUAACAACUGUCAACCUCACCCCAGUGUGUAUACACGAUGUUCAUCUAAUGUUCUAUGAUUGAUACUGUGCAUUUAAGUAUCCUAUAAAUAUAUUUAAAUAACUAUUAUAUUGUCAAAAAAUUUCUCCGCUUCCAAAUAAUCUUCGUUGCUACUUGAAAUUAUGAUUAACUGUUUUUAAGUCAUCCAGCUUCAGUAAAAAGGUACUUUAAAAUAGUUAUUUACUUUGGCAUGUUACUUCAUUAUGGUAUUCACCGUAGAUAUGAACAUCUGGUUGCAUCAAGCUGUAAAAUCUCGAGGCGCAGCAGGUGGUCCUCGUAACUAUUUGGCUAUAUUUUUUCGUCGUUUAUGCAAAUUACUUUUCUUUGGAAUCAAACCAGUAUUUGUAUUCGAUGGUGAAACUCCAGCACUGAAACGAUCAACUAUGAAUUCAAGACGUCAGUUGCGUAGCCUAACCGAAGCAAAAGCAGAAAAAGCCCAAAAACAUCUUCUUCGUCGACUUUUACGUCGUGUUGCAGAAUCCUCUGUAAAAUCACUGUCAACGUCACCGGAUAAAGUAGAAUAUUUUGAGGAUACUGCGAAAAAUGAACUAUUAAGACGAUUGAGACAACAGUCAGACUCGCAUCAAGCUAAAGAAGAUGCUAAGAUGUUCUCAGCUCCAAAUCAUGACUCAACUUCCGCAGCGUGUAGUAAUGAUAAUAAUCGUAUGUUGAGUGAAAAGGCCGGUCUAGAAUACGAUGAGCUGGCGCAUGAUUAUCUGGAUGCUUUCUAUUCAUCGGAUAAGAAGUUUUCUGGGGUUGAUCUCGACUCAGAUGCAUUCCGUGCACUUCCUUUACAAGCUCAAUUACGUGUUGUUCAGCUGUUGAGAGAAAUAUUAGACUCUAGUUCAUGCCGUAACAAUUUAGUACAAUUUGAUGAUGAAGCACAAUUUAAUCCAGAACAGUUCUCAGAUGUUCAAAUGAAACGUUUGCUUUUACGUCGUCGUUUAGCAGAACGUCAACAAGAGUUAUCUGAUAAUCUAACUAAACAAGAAGCUGUUCAACAAAUUCUUCAGUUAAACAAUUCUAUGAUAAAAAAUAUUCUAACGAAUCAAUCGUUAUUUUCAACUUUACCGUUUUCCAAUACGACACAGCCGACUACUGCUUCAGAGACUACUGAGACCAUAGCUACAGCUAUGCGUAUUCAGUCACAAGAUGUAGGACAUGCUAUACUCAUUAAAAAAUCUCCAGUGAAUCAGUUGGACGAACGAACUAAAUUGCCUUCAUCUACAACAUUGAAUCUUGAAAAAUUAAUUACAUAUAAUACUGAGAACUUAAACGUGUCUGAUGAAUGCAAAAAAGUGGAAAUUUCAAAAAAGGACCAGAACAAAGAAAUACCUAAUGACGAUUAUAUGAGUGAAAACCAAUGUUCAACACAAGAGACAAAUAUUUCUACAAAUGAAAAUAUUUUAUAUAACUCUGAAUGUACACCAAUAAAACUAGUUAAUAUAGAGGAAUAUUCAGAUGAACAUCAAGUGUCUAUCCUAUCACAUGUGACUGACAAUAAAAGUCAACUUAAUGAUAAUUGCGAAAAUUACAAUCAACCACUUACGAAAAAUUCUUUAAAUGAUAAUAUGUCCAAUGACAUUCUUCCAGAAAGUUCAUCUACUAUUCCUAAGUUUGAUAAUUCAUCGGAGUUUAUCGAAUUACCUAUUCCAGAACAUUCAUGUGACCUUAUGGGAGUCAAAAAUGAUGAAAUUAUUGCUGAAAUUAAUGUAUUGUCUUCUGAUAUACAUGAAUCAGAAUCUUUACAAGUACCCCAUCAGGAUAAAUAUGAUGAGAUCAAAAGUAGCAGUGAUGAUAACGAUGAUGAUGAUGACUUUAUCGAAGUUGAAACUCACGAACAAGUUGAAAUUUCGAAUACCUCUACUGACUCUAAUUCAUCACAAGAAUAUUCUGUCGAUGAAAACAAUGUUCAAAAUGAGGAUAAAUUAAAUUCUGUCUUCACUGAAGAAGAAUUAACCAGUAAAGAAGUUUCCUAUGAAACUAAUCAACAGAAAGAUGUAUUAUCAUCUGAAUUAGUCGUGGAUGACUAUACCAUUGAUGAUGAUAGUGAUGAUGUAUUGAGAGAAAAAGCUGAUCGUUUGAUACGUCAAGCUCAGUCGACAACUACGCGUUGUAUUUCAGAAGCCCAGGAUCUACUUCAUUUGUUCGGAUUUCCAUUCGUAGUUAGUCCAGAAGAAGCAGAAGCUCAAUGUGUAGCUUUACAACGUCAUGGUCUAGUUGAUUUAGUUGCAAGUGAUGAUUCAGAUGUAUGGCCAUUCGGUGUUAAACUUGUCUGUCGUCACUUGUUUGGUACUGGUGGUGGUGAUAAUCUAAAAAGAACAACAAAUCCUUCCAUUUACAAACUGGAUGAAGUAAAACGUAAAUUAGGCCUUACUAUAGAGAAUAUUCUCCGUUUGACGCUUCUCUGUGGUAGCGAUUAUACACAUGGAAUUGAUCAGGUUGGUCCAGUUACAGCUAUUGAAAUUUUAAGUGAAUUUGAUGAUGGUGAUGAUUAUUCAUUAAAUUGUGAAAUUAACAACUGGCUUCAUGGUGUUGUUAAUGAACCUUCCGAAAAAUUACUUCAUGAUAUCUUACAACCACUAGAACAAUUCACACAUUGGUGGCAAACUACACGUUCACAAAAUUCUUCAGAAUCAAUGAAAAUACUUCGAAUAGCUGAAUCGAAUCCAAUUAGACGUCGUUGGAUAAAUUUGAAACCAUAUCCAGGGUUUCCAGAUAGCCGUAUUGCACGUGCUUACCUCUACCCAAAUGUCAAAACCGAUUUGCCGCCGUUUAAAUGGGAACCACCAAAUGUACCGCUUCUUGUCAAACAUGUGAAUACCUUAUUGGGAUGGAAUACUGAAAAAACAGAAGCUAUAUUGGCUUCUGUACUCAAACAUAGACAAAAUAUGGAGUUUGGGGAUCCUAGAGAAAUGCUUUCGUCCAAAUCACUUAUAACAAAUUUUUUUCAGAUUGAGAAUCAAAAGGUUUGCAAAAAAUCAGAAAUUACUAGUCAUCCCGUUGAUUCAUCAGAGUUGGAUGAAGUAACGGUACCAAGUAAGCGCGUUCGUCACGCAGCCAGUCGCUUGCGAAAUCAAAGAACAACAGAUCGAUUUUUUAAAGCUCCCAGCACUACACAGCAUACAGCAUUAGCGAAAGAUGAAAAUAACCUGCUUUCUGAAUUACCUAAACUACGUCAAACUCGACGGAGGCAAUCUGUGAAAAAGCCUCCGAAUCAAACGAAGACUCUACCCGAGAAAAAACGCAAGGAGAAGGCUCAGACUAAACCCCAACGUCGUAUAGUAGAACGUGUAUGUUUAUCCGAAGAAGAUGAAGAUUAAAGCAAGGUGAAUGCUCCUCAAUGUUGUACAGACUAAACAUUCUUAAUUAAAAUUCUUUUGAAUCUCUUUUGUUUAUAUUUCAACUCGUUUUUUUAAUUAUUCACUUGUUUCAAAGACAUGAGUGACCUUAUUUUACAGAGAAAUGAAAAAUACACAUUUUGUAAACAACAAUCAAAUAACGUUUAUUUAAAUGCUAUGCA